AUGCAUGAGUACAAGACCAAGAUGCCAUUUUCUCAAAAACUCUAUCAUGCAGAGAAAGAUAAGCAACUUUCCUGGUGUGCAGAUUACCUCAAGACACUAGAGAUUAAGAAUCCAUUUGCAGAGGCCCUUGAACAAAUACCCUCCUAUGCCAAGUUUAUGAAGGAUAUAUUAAGCCACAAGAAGAAUUGGAGGGAGGUAGAAAUAAUCCUCCUCACUAAAAAAUACAGUGCAGUCAUCCAAAGGACCCUACUGGAGAAACUUCAGGACCCUGGGAGUUUUGUGAUACCCUGCAUCCUCAGAGACGGUUGCACGAAGACAGUCCUACGUGAUCUUAGAGCGAGCAUCAACCUAAUACCUUCAUCACUAAUAAAGAAACUUGGGAUCCAAGAAGUCAAGCGCACCUACAUAUGCCUUCAGCUUGCUGAUGGCUCCAUCAAGUUUUCAUCAGGAGUGGUUGAAGAUAUGAUUGUGAAGGUCGGACCCUUUGUAUUCCCCACAGACUUUGUGGUAUUAGAUAUGGAAGAACAUAAGAAUGCAUCCAUCAUUUUAUGGAGACCUUUUCUGGCUACAGGAAGGACCCUCAUUGAUGUGCAAAAAGGAGAAGUGACGCUGAGAGUUAAUGAGAACGAAUAA